AUGUCCCCCGGGUACGGUUUAUCUCUAUAUGCUUUGCAGACCAGCAGCCGCGGUCUGAGUGCGAACAUCUCUCGGAUAUCAUGCCCGGUGAAGCAAUGCCCAGUGAGACAGCACUCAAUUGCUUAUCAGAGGCGCAAUUUCCACCCGUCGCGACCUACUACCCAGAUAAUCUCCACGUCGAUUGAGUGUGCCCACGAUCUUUUACAAUUAGUCCAUACCUACAGCGGUCUCCCAUGGGUUGCAUCAAUACCGCUCACGGCAGCGGUUGCGCGGAUAGCAUUCGGGUUGCCCUUUCAUAUGUGGUCAAUGUCACAGCGAAACAAAAAAAUACUUCAAAACCCGGCCAUCAUUGCAUAUACCCGUAUGAAGAGGAAGAGCAUCUUGGAUGAAUGCUACAGAAACAAAUGGUUUCUGCCACCACGAGUUGUGAGCCGAGAAAGCGCGAAGGCAGUAAAGCAGUUCCAAAAGGCCUUGUAUAGACGUCAUGGACUCCGCUUUGCUUCGUUCAUCCCGUUCGCCCCGCUAUUACAACUCCCGUUUUGGCUCGCUUUUAUGGAAAGUAUCCGGUCAAUGUCAGGUUGGCAACCGGGUCUCCUAGUCAUUCUUCAACAGUGGAUUUGUCCAGAUGCCGCCAAAGCCCAAGUGCCCGUGGAGCUCUCUCUCUCCACUGAAGGAGCAUUCUGGCUCCCUGAUCUCACGGCUUCAGAUCCUCUAUACGUGCUUCCUUUCGCUAUUUCUGCCCUUAUGUUCACCCAUAUUACCUGGGGUUCCAAAAUUUGCAAGGCAAAGGAACUUCCGAUGCUGGCAUCACAAGGCAAUUUGCAGGGGAUAUUUUCGUGGGCUAUCCAGCGCACUUUCCAAGUAAUGUCCAUUUGGAUUGCACCAGCUUUGAUGCAUUCAGAAGCCCCCGCGGCUCUGGGCAUAUAUUGGUUAACCACAACCUCCGUUGCAAUUAUCCAGAGCCGGCUUUUGAAAAAGUUCAUGCCCCCCCCGACUGUACCAAAGCCUUGUGAGAGGAAAGAUAUUGAGAGGAUUAUCUAUGUAGAGAAAGUUUCCCAAGUGCCAAAGCAGGUUAAUCUAUAG